CUUUCUGUUCCAGAUGCGUUUUUGCAUUAUAACCUGCAGACAUGUGUGUUCACCUCCUCUGAGCUUCCUGACAUAGAGUUCAUAUACUCUAAGUAUUUCAAUAAGAUAGAAGUUAACAGGUUUAACAGCACUGUGGGGAAGUUUGUUGGAUACACUGAGUUUGGUAUCUAUAACGCAGAGCGCUUUAACAACGAUCCUGCAGUUCUGGCACGCUGGAGAGCUCAGAAAGAGAGAGUCUGCAAACCUAAUAUAGAGAUAGAGUACCGAUAUGCACUGGAUAAGACAGCUGAGCCCAGUGUGAGACUGACUUCAGUGAGGCCCCAUAGUGGCCGACAUCCGGCCAUGCUGAUGUGCAGUGUCUACAACUUCUACCCCAAAUACAUCAGUGUCACCUGGCUGAGAGACGGACAGCCAGGGACCUCUGACGUCACUUCCACCGAUGAGCUGGCAAAUGGUGAUUGGUACUACCAGAUCCACUCCUACCUGGAGUACACGCCCAGGUCUGGAGAGAAGAUCACCUGCAUGGUGGAACACGCCAGUUUCCCCUCUCCUAAGAAAGUGGACUGGAAUCCCUCCAUGCCACAAACAGACAGAAACAAGAUCGCCACCGGAGCGUCGGGUCUGCUUCUGGGUUUGAUUUUGUCUUUGGCAGGUCUGAUCUACUACAAGAGGAAGGCCAGAGGGCGUUUUCUGAUUCCAACCAGCUGA